CGUCUCCAUUGUAGACAGUGUCACUAGAAAUGAUGGCACCUACCAGCAAUGUAUCCAACAGAGGCCCAAGAUCAACAAUGGACCUGAGGCUACAGGCAAAACCCAAGGACACCCUGGACCUGUGCCAUAUUUUGAAUGAUGACAUCGCAGCCACAGUACGUAAACACCCAAAGAGAUUCACUGGUCUUGGUACACUGCCCAUGCAGGACCCAGAACUUGCUGUUCAAGAAAUGCAUCGUUGUGUGAAAGAGUUAGGAUUUCCUGGAGUUCAAAUUGGCUCCCAUAUCAACGAUUGGGAUUUGAAUUGCCCAGAGCUUUACCCAGUGUAUGCUGCUGCAGAAAAGUUAAAAUGUGCUAUAUUUGUACAUCCUUGGGAUAUGAAGAUAGAUGGGAGAAUGUCCAAGUACUGGCUUCCAUGGCUUGUAGGUAUGCCUGCUGAAACAACCACAGCAAUGUGUUGCAUGCUGUUUGGUGGCAUAUUUGAAAAAUUUCCAAAAUUGAAGGUGUGUUUUGCCCAUGGAGGUGGUGCUUUCCCUUAUACCAUUGGUAGGAUUGAACAUGGAUUCAACGUCCGACCUGAUUUGUGUGCUAUGGACAACAAGACAAACCCUCGAAAGUACCUGAACCAUUUUUACACAGACUCGUUAGUACAUGAUCCACUUGCACUAAAGCUAUUGGUGGAGGUGAUAGGGAAAGACAAGGUGAUGCUGGGGACAGAUUAUCCAUUCCCACUGGGAGAACUGAAACCAGGAACCCUUAUUGAAUCAAUUGAAGAAUUCAGCGAUGAACUUAAAGAUAAGCUCCUCGCCAAAAAUGCAUUGGAGUUCCUUGGCCUUGAAAAGAAACAGUUUAUUUGAUACAUCAGCUUUUUAACAGGCUUACUUGUUCAUUGGUUCAGAAAUAUCUAUACUGUUUGAGACAUAGUUGGAUAUGGCACUUGAUAUAAUCAUCUUCCAAAAUGAAAUUGUGUAAUUCAGUUUAUAGGAUAAGAUGACUACUAUUUCAAAAUCAACAUCCAACUCUUUUUAUUUUAACUGUUUACUGUGAAACAGCUCUGGCUUCUGUUGACCAACAGAAGCAGUCUUUAAAAUCCUUAAAUCCUUAACAUCAAUUUCAAAUGCUUUGUGAAAAGUUGCAUACUGCUAAGAAAAUCAGCAAAACUCCAUGGAGAACAAGAAUUAUAUUUUAAAAAUUUUAUAUUUGCAUCAACUUCUUGUCUGCACCAAUUGUCUUCCAGAAUUUCUGGUCAACUUUUUCUCCUAAUUUCCAAAGUGCACAUUUAUAAUAAAACGUAUUUUGGCAA